AAAAAUACCUUUCUGGUUUCACCAAAUUGGAGGAUAACGAAUAUUCUAGGAAGAUCUUUUUCAAAUUGAGAAAACAGAAGUACCUUGAGGCCUUGGAUAGGUAUAUUGUUAAAUUUUCUUGAGUUGUUGCUUUCCCUUUUCCCUUUAUGUAUGGCUUUAAUCUUUGCAUCAACUUGAAUUUGUUAGAAUUUUUUAGGCGUGAUUAUGUUGCAACCACUGCAAUCCUUGUGAAUGAACUCAAAGUUUUUUUGGCUUUUAAUCAAGACAUGUUCAAUGAUUUGGCCAAGCUAUUGACAUAAGAUGAUUUUAGAGAAAAUAAACUACUUGCCAAUUAUACUAACGCAACAAAUGUAAGAUCAAAGAUGGUGGUUGGAUUUAGACUUUAUCGAGGCAAAUGUUAUUUUUCGUGGUAGAUUAAAUUUCCGCAACUUGACAGAUUCAAGGUUACAGAAGCUCAUUAAUCAAAGGAAACUCCAUGCAUAUGCUUCAACAAGGAUGACACGUUACUGGAUGCAUUUGUGAGAAACAACAGAAUUAAAAUCUUAGGAACGCUCAAUGGAAUUCAGUCAUUGCAAGCUUAUGAAAUGCAUGUAUCCAUUAUUGCAACUAAGAAUGGGGAUGAAAGGAGCUCAGUGGAUGUUCCUAAAACAAUUGAAGUUGUCAAACCAACAAAGGCGUCGAAGAUCAAAGAAAUUAGUGAACAUGCUCAACUUCAGUCCUUGUUACUUCCUAGUUUUGUCAAAAAGUCCAAGGUCUUGAAGUUGACAUAUACCAGUUCCUCCAGUGAUGCCAUUUUAGCAUUAGAAUCAAAUGCAAUCCAUUUUCUUUGGAGGUGAACACAUGAUGCCAAGGUAAUAAAAUUUACAUCAUUCAUUUGUAUGCAUGCACGCUUUGCUUUGAAUUCAAAUAUUAAUUCAUGAUUGUUAUGUUGAGAAUUGAAGUUUGUCUUGAUGCAAGCAACGACGAAGAAUCCCCAUCAAUUAUGGCAUCCAAUAUUGAGGAUAUUAAUGACAAAUGACUUAACUAAUGUAUUUAGCUUUGUCCAAAAAUGAUUCUAAAAUCAUUUCAACAUCUGGGGGUCAAGUUUCCUUAUUCAACAUAGAAACAUUUGAGACAAUGGCGACUUUUAUGCAUCCACCGUCUAUGCCAAUGUACGUUUCCAUCUAUCCUUAUAAUAACAACAUAAUUGCCAUUGGCAUGGAUGAUUCGACAGUUCUAAUAUAUGAUGCCCGUGCAAAUGAGGUUAAAUCCAAGCAGGAGAAUCACUCUAAACUGAUCACCGACCUUGCCUUUUCCUCUCUGCGUAAUUUACUUGUUUCUGCUGGAACACAUGACUCGCUAAUUGUGUGGCAGUGCAAUAAAUGGAUAAGUAAGAAGAGCUGCUUAUUGCAGCUUCCACCUAGAAGAUCAACCAGGAAACUGCGAGAAACAGAGGUUCAGUUUCACCAAGAUCAGAAACACUUCCUUGCCUUGCACGAGUUGAAAGUUGUAUCAAGUUUGAAUGUGUUGUCCAGAUGUCGGCUCAAAUCUCACAUGAAACAUUUUCAUGCAAUAGCCAGUUGGUUUACAUUGCCUUUUUGGAUGGAACUAUGUGCAUAUUUCGUGCUUCAGAUCUCCGGCCACGAUGCCUGAUUAAUCCUGUUACUUAUCUUCCAUCCAGCACCAGGUAUUACU